GGACGACGAAAUUUACAAAGAGCGAAGAAAUCACCGUCAACUUUCUCUUGAGGACAACAUACAACGAGCCGAUUCUCCGAUUUUCCUCAAGCGGGGAAUUUUUCAUUUAUUAAUUAAUUACCUAAGAUUCGAUUCGUCGUCUCCUAGGUCCGGACUUUCUUCCAUGAAUUGAUAGAUGCGAGAUUUGAUGAUUCGACUUGGGGUGCACCCACUAGAAUCUUCAAGAACCAACAAUGGAGGCUCGUCCGGUUCAGAGAUCAGGCUCCAGGGAGCUCAGUAAUUUAGCUCGCACUUCUUCAAUACCAUCCACACCAAUUCCUUCAGCAACAGAAGAUGUUUUCGUGAGAUCAGAGAACACUCAGUUAAUGUCGAGGCCACAAGGACAAACCUACCAUCUGCUUUCCUCCAGCAACGGUGGAGCAGUUGGACAUAUAUGUUCUUCAUCAUCAUCUGGUUUCUCAACCAAUCUUCAUUACUCAUCUAUGGUGUCUCAUGAGAAACACUAUGCAGGAAACAGCACUACUAAUGCACCGCAUCUCGUCUCUCAGGCACCGAGCAACGAUGGUUCUUGGUGCCAUGAUUCACUGCCUGGAGGGUUUCUUGAUUUCCCUGUAAACCAUCAGGCCAUUCAAAACAACAGUCAGAUUGAGGAUGGUGGCAUUGGUGCGGCUUUUGAUGACAUUCAUAAACGAAAUGAUUGGCAAGAAUGGGCUGACCAUUUGAUCACCGAUGAAGAUCCUUUGAUAUCUGCUAACUGGAAUGAUAUCUUGCUUGACACUAGCUCCAAUUCAGAUUCAAAGGACCAAAAAUCUCUGCAAAUUCAGCCGCAACUCCAGGUUGUUCAGCAGCAACCUUCUCCGUCUGUGUCAGUGGAACUGAGACCUGUCAGCACAACAUCUUCAAACAGUAAUAACGGAGCGGGCAAGGCACGUAUGCGUUGGACGCCAGAGCUGCAUGAGGCUUUUGUUGAGGCUGUCAAUAGUCUUGGUGGCAGUGAAAGAGCUACUCCAAAAGGUGUGCUCAAGAUUAUGAAAGUUGAAGGCUUGACUAUAUAUCAUGUCAAAAGCCAUUUGCAGAAAUAUAGGACGGCUAGAUAUAGGCCAGAACCAUCAGAAUGUGGUUCGCCAGAGAAGAAGUUGACACCGCUCGAACAUAUAACAUCUCUUGACUUGAAAGGUGGGAUAGGUAUCACCGAAGCUCUGCGACUUCAGAUGGAAGUACAGAAGCAACUCCAUGAGCAGCUCGAGAUACAAAGAAACCUGCAACUCCGGAUAGAAGAACAAGGCAAGUACUUGCAAAUGAUGUUCGAGAAACAAAACUCGGGUCUCGGCAAAGGGACAGCCUCCACAUCAGAUUCUCCACCCGAAUCCGAACAAGUAGACAAGAAAACCGCUGAUUCAGAGGAGCCCGCACUAGAGAAAACCAGGAAAGGCCAAGAGACAGAAUCUCCGCAGCCAAAACGCCCCAAAACCGAUAAUUGAAAGAAUCUCUCUGCUAAGAAAUAGUGUUUUGGUGGAUCAUUUCGGUGUUCCAGAGUUUAACAGUGAGAGAGAGAGAGAGAAAGGCAGCUCUCUUAUCUUGAGGUUCUUCAGGAUUUCUCGCUCUCUACUGUUUAACUAUUUUUCUGAUGGAAGACUCUCUCAACUAUGCUGUGUAGACAAAACAACAGAUCCCCAAGGAAGAAACCAACAACAACAAAAAAUAAAGAGUUUAGUUUGGGAGAAUCUUCAUCAUUCGAAUGUAAUCUAAAUGCUUUAACUCAUCAUUAGUUGACUCCAGAUUCUAUGUUUUAAUAUUUUUAGAAUAUUAAACCCAGAGUUAUUUUCCCCAUAAAA